AUCCGUCUGCUCGUUUUCGAAGUUGCUUGAAAUUUUGUCUAACUAACUAAACUUGUUUAAUAACACAUCGCAGGUCGCAUAGGUUUAUUUCAUUAUUUGUUAAAGUCUAAAUAGGAAGAAACUUUUUUCUUAAUGCCAGAGGGAUUUCUAGUUUAGGAAGCUAGCUGUCACCCAUUUAAUGACAUAAAUCUCAUACAAUCUACAAAGUUACAAACCUUAAAAUGUUCAAUAUAAAGGUGAAUCCUCGCAAGGCGAAGCAAAACCUAGACCUUCAGUCACUUUCUAAAGAAGAGCUGAUUGAUCGUGUUCAACAGUUGGAGUCACAUGUGAUUCAACUAAGAAAUUUGCUAAAACCAAAAAGUGUACCUGAUAAGCAUGAAAUGAAACAGAAGGCUUUUGAUCACAAAAAGUACGUAAGUUAUAUUAACAUAUUUGAACAUGUUAUUUUGAAUUUUUAUCAAAUUCUUUUGUUUAUUUUCAGAUAUGCCAAGAGACAUGUGUUGCUACAAGUGGCUUAUGUUGGUUGGGACUAUGCUGGUUUUGUUGUCCAAGAACAUACUGAGAAAACUAUUGAGGCUGAAGUGUUUAAAGCUUUGGAAAAAACUCGAUUAUUAGAGAGUCGUGAAACAAGUAACUACCAUAGAUGUGGUAGAACUGACAAAGGUGUUAGUUCUUUUGGACAGGCUAUCUCUAUUGAUUUGCGCUCGAAUUUAUCAGAAGGCAAAGGUGUUUUUAUUCCAGAUGGUCAUCAAGCAAAAGUUGGAAACACCGUCGAAAUCGACUAUGUUGGUAUACUUAAUAAAGUUCUUCCUCCUGAAAUCAGAAUGAUAGCUUGGGCGCCGAUAAAUCAAUCUCUGAGUGCCCGUUUCGACUGUCGGCAAAGAACGUACCACUAUUACUUUCCAAAGGCCAAUCUAAAUAUAGAGAGAAUGAGAGUCGCCUCACAAUCGUUGAUUGGGGAACACGACUUUCGCAACUUGUGUAAAAUGGAUGUGGGCAAUGGUGUCAUUAAAUUUGAUCGGCGAAUAAUAGACAUUCAAAUUGAAGCCAUCGAUGAUGAUAAGACGAACAGCUAUUCAAUGAUACGAUUGAAAUUAAUAGGACAAGCAUUUCUCUGGCAUCAAGUCAGGUGUAUUGUUGCCAUACUUUUUCUUAUUGGACAAGGUAAAGAAGAAACGACAAUUAUCCAAGAAUUACUUGACGUUGAGCGCAAUCCUCGGAAACCUCAGUAUGGGAUGGCGUCUGAAAUUCCACUUAAUUUGUUCACUUGUACUUAUUCCGAUGAUGACUGUCAAUGGAUUUACGAUGCGGAAUCUCUUCGAUAUGUGAUAAGUGGUUAUCAGACGCUUUGGGCCGAAAAUAGCAUUAAGGCGACGAUGAUUAAAGAAAUGUUGAACAGCCUAGAGGGUUUGGUUGAUGACAAAAUUGAAAGUCAGUUAAAAGGUCUGGUAUAUGGAGUUGAACCGAAAACGUAUCUGCCGUUAAUGGAAAGGCAAAAAUGCGAAAGUUUGGAAGAGCGUAUCCACGUGUACGCCAAGCGCCAACGAAUAGAAGUAAUUGAAACUGACGCCAAUUGCCCUUGAUGCCUGAUCACGUGUUAAAACUGCAAUUGUGAAUAAAACUUCCACACAAAUUGUAA